GUGACGAUCCGGCUGACGCUGGUGUUUACAGCUGAGCGGAGUGUUGAGCUGGUAAGCACAAAUCGGCACAAACGUGGAAAAGCCUGAAAAACCGCAGACCAGUAGACGUCACCAAACAACUGGACACCCAAAACCAGACAUGAUGUCUUGUAAAUGAGUUACGUCGGUUCCCAUGCGAGGCUACUCGUCACGCUGCUACUGUCUGCCAGGCCACCAUCCUGCUCCGGAGUUCCGCAGCCAAGAGUGGGUCCUGGGUUUGCCAGGUGCAUGUAGAGCGGACAGCCUCCUUCACCUUCAUCAUGUGGCUCAAACUGCUCUUCUUGACUCUGUACUUGCUACUGUUGUUCCUGCUUGCACGUCUGUUCGAGGCGGUGGUGUGGUGUGAGGCCGGGGUCUUGGCCACGCAGCUAGUGGACCCGGUCACUCUGAGUUAUAACAAGCUCAAAAUGAUCCUGGAGGCCCGGGGCCUAGCCUACUCCGCUCUGGCUCAGAAAGAGGAUGUCCGAGAGCUGGUGGAAAAAUCAGGGGAUUUGUCACAGGGGGAGUUGUACUCUACCAUAAAGAAGGAGAAGGAACACCCUGAAGGUGACGGUGGCACCACUCACUUCAGUGGAGAGCUACACUUCUAUGAAUUAGUGGAGGACACAAAAGAUGGAAUCUGGCUGGUUCAGGUGGUUGCUCAAGGCAGAGAGGCACUGCUCAGUCAAUACAGUUGGAGGAAGAUGGUGAAGAAAGUUUCUCAAUUUGGCAUCAGAACUGGAAUAUUUAACUGCUCCAGUGAUCACAGGUCGUGUAUGAGGCGGGGCUGGCAUCAGUCCACUCUCAUCAUGUCUGUUCCUCAGACGUCUGCCUCCAAAGGGAAAGUGAUGCUGAAGGAGUAUCGUGGGCAGUACACCGACACAGAAAACCUCUCCCACUGGGUUACUGGGCAGGUGGCACAGCAGAUCCACACCCUACACUGCUCUGAGCAGCUGCUGCAAGAGUGGUACUCGGACCAUACCGUUAAAAUGUUCCUGUUUGCUCACCUUCCGCAGCCGCCUGCCUUCUUCUCCUCUCUCUCAGUAAGAUUCACUGGUCGUAUCAAGUUCAUCUUUGUCAACAUUUGCCGCUGGAAGAACCAUAGCAGCCUGGUUGAGAUAGGUGUGACCCGCAGUCCUGCCUACGUCCUAAAGAUGCCUGAGGGGAUGUACUGGUAUGGAAAAAGUCCUGGGGAGUUCCUCUCUGUGUCUGCAAUGGACACAUUUCUACGCUCAGUUCAGCCUGAAGUAAACGACGUGUUUGUUCUCAGUCUGCUGCUCAUCAACCUGCUGGCCUGGAUGGACCUCUUCAUCACACAGGGAGCUACUGUCAAGCGCUUUGUGGUUCUAAUCCGAACUCUUGGAACCUACAAUUCUAUCCUCCUGGUGUCAUGGCUUCCAGUUCUGGCUCUGCUGCAGCUGCCCUAUCUAGACACUUUCUAUAGCUACAGCCUGAAGCUGCUGCGCUAUGCUGAUACCACACAACUAGUCAGUUUAGUGCGAGCUGACUGGACCUUCUAUUCGUCUCACCCAGCCCUUUUCCUGUCCACAUACUUGGCCCAUGGUCUGCUAGUGGAUUACUUUGAGAAGAAGCGCCGCUGCAGCAGGAGAAGCCUGGAGGACAGCAGCACAAACUUAGAGUGGUUAGCCAGUCUGUGGGACUGGUACAGCUCCUACCUGCUCCACCCUAUCACUUCCCUGCACCAGUCUGACCAUUCGGAAUGGGAUGAGGAUACCAACUUCUUAUUCGAACGAUUAGCUUUUCCUGAUCUUUGGCUGCGUCCACUUGUGAACCUUGACUAUAUGAAAAUUCUGCCGGUCUGGAAGUUUAAAAGUGCUCAGAGUUCAGUGACUGUAUAUAGUCCAAGUGGAGCUCUAGAGGAGCAGGCCUGCCUGGACAGGACAUCUGACUCUGAGUGUGACGACAACACCCUGCUCUGUGAUUGGUCCGAAUGGCCUCAUGACAUUCUCCACUGCUCAGAGUGUGUUAUAUGUUUAGAAAACUUUGUGAAUGGAGAGCUGUUAAUGGGUCUGUUUUGCGGCCACGCCUUUCACCAGAGCUGCAUUGUGGUGUGGCUGGCAGAGGGCCAGCACUGCUGUCCUGUGUGUCGCUGGCCAAGUUACAAGAAGAAGAGACCAACAAAAUCUAACUCCACUGUCUCCUCUGAACCUGCCUGACCAGUGCAUCUCGUCUAAACUUUUUUCUAUAUUUUGGUAGCUCUCAUGAUAAUUUACAUUUAAAUUGGACACACAUGCUCUUUAGUUAAAACAUUCAUCAUAUGGUUUACCUUUAUUUAAUCAAGUUCUAAUGAAAUUCAGAAUCAGAAUCUGAGUUGUGGCCUCAAAAUGGACAUAUAAAAUCUCUUGUUGGGAACUGAAUGCAGUGUGUUAGACUCAAAAAAUAUUUUACAAAAUGUGAAUUCAUUUGGAAUAAACAAAAUAUUAUUAAGUAACUACAGAAAACAGACUAAUUGUCUAAAAACAUAUUUCUUGCACUUUAUCUGAAGUGAACAAGGUCUUGGUGAUUACCGAAUUAAUUUGUCAGGCUUACUGUUCUUUAAAUGUCAUUCUCUUUGAGAUUUUAAGUUCAGAUUUUUGACAUGAGCUAACUCAUGUAAGUCACAAUGAAUGGUAUUGGGAUACACACAUUUAAAAUGCUCCACAGACGUUCUCCUUUGAGGCAUGAACAAUAAACUACUGCAAUUGUGAACUCA